UUCUCUUUGGAAACAUGUGGCUCUCCACAAUAUUAUUCAAGGAAAUUUAUUGUUCUCCCAUGGUUUAUAAGGUCAAUAUCAGAAUUAAUGAAUAAUAACAUCUUAACCUUAAGCAUUUUACAUCCAACAACAUCCAUACUCAAUGUGCAUGUGUAGUGGUGGUUCUCAAAUCAAUGUUGUGAAUUCCUCAUUCUUGUUCAACUAAAGUAUGGUGCUGCUCUAGCUAAAGUUUCAAGGCCUCAUGUAUGGAACGGCUUGGUUAAACCUCCACCUAUGGUGCUGAGGAUGCCAUUGCAACCCGAGAACAAGAAGCACCCUGAUGAGGAAGAUUCUUGUUCUGUAGCUUACUCUAUGCAUAGAACUGCAGCAUCUUCAAGGACUAUUAAGUCCAGGAUGACUGUUUCUGCAGCUCCUCCAUUUAGAUGUUCAGAACAUGCAGAGAAACAGAAGGAGUUUUAUUCAAAAUUAGAGGAGAAACAUAAAGCAAUGGAAGCUGAGAAAAGCCAGAGUGAAGCAAGGACCAAGAUCUUAAUAUUUGAAGGAAGAGAUAGAGGUGGCGGUCAAGCCAUUCAGAAAGAGUUUAUCUUUUAUGGGGAACCCAAUGCCAAGCUUCUACCAUGAGGGACUACCACCAAAAGCUGACCUGAGAAAGAUAAAGACAUGCGGUAGCCUUGUUAAGAUUAUCAAGUUACCCCUCCUUGUAAAUUGAUGAAGACACAGUAACGCUUCUACUACGAGCAAUAGUUCUGGUGCCAUCUCUCAAGUGAAAAACUCUAUGCAACAAUGGCGCUUCUUGGAAUGUUGAAGAGGCUUGAGAUUUUUGUGAGGGAGUCUG